CCCAUUCCGUAUUGGUGUGUGUGCCGCUCCAGGUCUCAACUUCACUCAGGCAUCACUCAACCUUCCAUCCAUCUCCGUUGCCAUUGUUCCACGAUUCCUAGGCAACAGCGACGUGCCGCCACCGACAUGACUUUGGUUCUCAAAAAGCUAAAAGUAUCCCGUGCGCCUCUUUGACAACAUUUACCACAAUGGCCGAUACAAACACUUCCUUCAGAGACAAAGCGCGCUUCUUCCGCCAGCUUGAAUCUAUUGGCAGACAAGGCGAAGACGGAGAGGAUGACGACGACGACGAUUUUCAAGAGGCCGAGAAACGCAAUAGACAACAGCUAAAAGCGUUUCAAGCUGCGGCGCAACUUCGCCAGCCACUUAGGGAAAGACCACAGCCAGAAGUGCAACCGCCCCUUCUCCCUCCUCCUCACCAGCAAGAACAACAACAGCCACAACGGCGCGUAAGCCCAAGGCGGACGUCCUCGGCUCCGGUAUCAGCGCCUCUCACGGAACUGAAACGGAAGGAAGUCAUCCAGCGGACUCCUCUCGCCGAGAUCAAGGGUCCCGGAAGGAAGGAAGCUCUCACCGGAGACCUCAGCUUCGUCGAAGACACGCCUAUUCCAGAAACCUUGGCUCGGCCACCACUUCAGCCAUUGGCGAGUCUUACCAGAAGCGCUACCACACCGCUCUCUCUCACGAGACACGUUUUACCGCAUCGUGUAGACAACUCGCCUUCCAUCGCCGCGAUGAAGAAAAGAAAGAGAGAGCCGCCCAUCAAGCUCCUACCUGAGGCGCAGCAGGUCUUUCAUGGAUUACGAUUCUUCUUCAUUCCAAACGAUGAUAUCGCGCCAGCCAGGAAGAUUCGGAUCCGGAAAGUGCAAGAAUUUGGUGCUCAGUGGGUCCGAUCUCUUGAGAAUGCGACACAUGUCAUUGUCGACCGGCGCCUCGACUGGAAGAGCAUCGAGAAGGUACUUAGUUCGGCAAGCGAGGGGUCAUCGUACAUAGUUUUGAACGAGGAUUUUCCGAUGGACUGCGUCAGGUUCAAGACACUACUGAACGCAAAACAGAAGCAAUAUCAGGUACCCGGUUGCCCUGAACCACCCUCGCCAACCUCGGCGGAACCCCAGACUACCUCUCAGAUUGUUCAGUCUUCAACCGCAACAAAGUUGCAGGAGUUGCCGCUGAAGAAGCGACAGACAAAUCCCAAAAAGUGGGAUUACAUCCCCCCGCCGUCGACUCCGUCUAGAAGUCAGGAGUCGUCUGGAAGGGCAACUGGAAACGCGGUCGAAGCUGCAGAACCUGCUGUGUUGAGAGAUAUCACAGAGGCUGUGCAAUCAACAGCUACACGUGAGACUGCAUUCCAACAAAAUGCCGGAUCUUACGAAGAUGAGCUUGGGCACGUCAUUUCUCAGUUGCAGCAGUUUAGAGAUCUGCCACUGGAGCAUGAUGACGACGAUGAGGAUGCUCCGGCGACGUCGACACAUUCACAUGAACAAGGAUCAGGUAGUGAAGGCUCAGAUGAUGAACGUCGAAGGAAGAAAAGAGGUGUCGGCAGGACUAAAGGACGAAAGGAAAUGACUUGGGAAGACAAGUUCACGUGUCAUAAAGGAGGCACUCUGGGGAGCGACCAACAAAACCCCAACUCCCGCACGAUUGAGAUCUUGCAGCAGAUGUGCAGCUACUACGAGCGUAUCAAUGAUACAUGGCGGCCCAUCGCAUACAGAAAAGCCAUUACACAGCUCAAACGGCAGCCCGCCAAGGUUUCGACAGCUGAGGAGGCGAUCCGACUACCUGGUGUUGGCCAAAGGUUGGCAGACAAGAUUGAGGAGAUUGUUACGACCAAUCGCCUCAAAAGACUGGAAAAUGCAGAGUUGGAUCCGAUGGAUGAGGUUCUGCAGACAUUCCUGAAGAUCUAUGGUGUUGGCAGCGUACAGGCCAGCCAUUUCAUCGCCCAGGGGUUCCGAACGCUCGAUGAUCUCAAACAGAGAGCAAAGCUGACUACCAACCAACGAAUUGGUAUCGAUCAUUACGAUGACCUCAACAAGCGCAUUCCCAGGUCCGAGAUGAAGUGGCUAAGUGCGGUCGUCAGGUCAGAGGCGGCGAAGCUGGAUCCCGAUGUUCAAAUCAUCGUCGGGGGCAGCUAUCGUCGCGGAGCUGAAAGCAGUGGAGAUAUCGACUUUAUCGUUACGAAGAAAGGGACUCGGGCAACAUCGGAACUGAUCCCCUUUCUGCACAACCUGAUUGGGGCUCUCGAAGCGCAAAAGUUUCUCGUUGCAAGGCUCGCAGGAUCCAGAGACGAUGACGGAAGCAAAUGGCACGGCUGUUGUGUAUUGCCAAAGAUUGAAGGCUUCAACGACGGGGAGUAUCGGAAAGUCUGGAGACGUGUGGAUUUCCUAGUGGUCCCAGAAGCCGAAAUUGGUGCGGCCCUGAUCUACUUUACGGGCAACGAUAUUUUCAACCGCAGCAUUCGAUUACUGGCAUCGAAGAAGGGAAUGCGACUCAACCAGAGAGGUCUUUACAAGAACGUCAUGAGAGGUCUCGGGCGGGCGAAGUUGACCGAAGGUGAGCUCGUCGAGGGCCAGGAUGAGAAGAAGAUAUUUGAUAUUCUCGGGGUUAAAUGGAGAGAGCCCCACGAGAGGUGGUGUUGAGGACCGAGACACUUUCUCAUACCAUCAACAGUACUUGGCAUAGCGCGGCGUUGGAUGGUUAUUGUUGGUCUAGUGUUUUUGACCCUUUUAUUUUAGUCUUGAAGAAUCUACAUGAGACUCCAGUCAAAGUUACACUUGUA